UUGCAAAUAAAAAACGGGAUAAGAGACUGUGUUCUAAUUAAAAUCCACGUACAUGUCUACCUAUAUUUUUCCUUAUUUAUUAUUAUUUCAUCACAAAAGAUUCAACAAGCUAAGUGAAUAAACGGGUUGUGGGAGAGACAAUAAAUAAUGGCUUCCAUGAAUAUAUUCACUCCCAUUUCACUCCCCUCCAACAGCUACUUCCCCCGCCGGCGACAACCCAUCUCAGCCCCUUUUGCUGCCGUGAACUCGCCGGAAUCUCCUCCCGCAAAGCCUGAAAUAGAGCUUGAAUUCAUUGGGCCGAAGGCUUCAAGUGAUGGAUCGUACCCUGUGGAUAAAGCAAAAGAAAUAAGUGGAGAGAAGCUGUUGAGGAACAUAAUGUUGGAUAACAAGAUUGAGCUUUAUGCCACCUAUGGGAAGGUGAUGAAUUGUGGAGGAGGUGGUAGCUGUGGAACUUGCAUAGUAGAGAUACUUGAAGGAAAGGAUCUUUUAAAUGAGAGAACAAAUACUGAGCUUCGAUAUCUUAAGAAGAAACCUGAAUCUUGGAGGCUAGCUUGUCAAACUAUUGUUGGAAACAAAGAAAACUCUGGGAAGGUUGUUGUUCAAAGGAUUCCUCAGUGGAAGAAGUAAUAGAGAAAGCAGCUCAUGAUGCAAGCUUUGAAAGAAGUCCACAUAUGUAACUGCUGGAUAUUAUUAUUUAACAUUGUUCAAACUUCAUAACAUAAUUAUUGAAAAUCAAUGAGAUCUGCAAAUAUAUAUUAGAUUUGUUGCCAAAUUCAACAAUUUUUAUAUCAUGUUUCUACCUAAUGAAAG